GCCAUUCGCAGAAAUAUAUUUAUUAUUUGUGGUCCUCCAUUUAUUGGCGAGAUGGGGGAGAAGGUGCAACAGUGUGUCUGUAUUUAAGGACACGAAAUAUUCUUGUUUUUAUAAUUUAGCCGGAAGCUUUACGUUAUCUCGAUCGCUAAAUCCACGCAGCUUGCAAUACCCGAUUCUUUCACCCGCUCCGCUUUCGGAAUUAUCGCCGCUGAGAUCGCGGUGGAGACGGCGCCGCCGCCGCCUUUGUCGGCCCUCACAUAUGGGCAACACCUGCGUCGGCCCCUACAUCGACCACCACAGAUUCCUCCAGUCCAUCUCCGCCGGUGUCCUCUGGCGCCCCCGCGAAUCCCCCUCCGACCCCUCCCACCCCACUAACCCUAAGGCCGCCGGCGACGCCCAGACUCCACCAACCCCCGUUUCCAUCUCCUCCGACGACCACAAGUACCCGCCUCCUCCCCCUCCCUCCACGGUACACGAUUCGGUCGCUUCCUCCCCCGCCGCCGGCCGCUCUCGGCCUCGUGUCGACCGCCUCCCCAGCGCCGGCCUCCGCGUCUGCUCCGUCCUCCCACGCAAGACCGAAAACAUCAAGGACCACUACAUCCUCGGGCGCAAGUUGGGGCAGGGGCAGUUCGGCACUACCUACCUCUGCGUCGACAAAGUCACUCGCAAGGAGUUCGCUUGCAAGUCUAUCGCCAAGCGGAAGCUCGCCUCCGACGAUGAUGUCGAGGACGUGCGGCGGGAGAUCCAGAUCAUGCAUCAUCUUUGCGGCCAUCCCAACGUGAUAUCGAUCGUCAGUACCUAUGAGGACGCCGUCCACGUGCACCUCAUCAUGGAUCUAUGUGCUGGCGGAGAGCUCUUCGAUCGCAUCGUACAGAGGGGGCACUACUCCGAGAAGGCUGCUGCCGAGCUUGCUAGGGUCAUUAUCGGGGUUGUGGAGGUGUGCCAUUCUAUGGGAGUUAUGCAUCGCGAUCUCAAGCCCGAGAACUUCCUAUUUGUCAACAAGGACGAGAACUCGCCACUCAAAACCAUUGAUUUUGGACUAUCCGUUUUCUUCAAGCCAGGGGACACAUUUACGGAUGUUGUUGGAAGUCCAUAUUAUGUUGCCCCAGAAGUACUUCUCAAGCGUUAUGGUCUAGAGGUGGAUGUUUGGAGUGCUGGUGUAAUUAUUUAUAUCCUGUUAAGUGGGGUCCCACCAUUUUGGGCUGAAACAGAGCAAGGGAUAUUUGAACAAGUUUUAAGAGGUGAGCUUGAUCUUAAAAUGGACCCCUGGCCUAGUAUAUCAGAGAGCGCCAAAGAUUUGGUUAGAAGAAUGCUUGUCAGAGAUCCAAAAAGACGAUUAACUGCUCAUGAAGCACUAUGUCAUCCUUGGGUUUGUGUUGAUGGUAUAGCUCCUAGCAAGCCUCUUGACUCUGCUGUACUUACUCGGUUAAAACAAUUUUCGGCGAUGAACAAGCUCAAGAAAAUGGCAAUAAGGGUAAUUGCUGAGAGCCUAUCGGAUGAGGAAAUUGCUGGUUUGAAAGAAAUGUUUAAGAUGAUUGAUGCAGAUAAUAGUGGCCAAAUCACGUUUGAGGAACUCAAAAUAGGCUUGAAAAAAGUUGGUGCCAAUCUCAAGGAGUCUGAAAUUUCAGCUCUGAUGAAAGCUGCUGAUAUCGACAACAAUGGUACUAUCGACUAUGGAGAGUUCAUAGCUGCUACCUUGCAUCUAAACAAGAUAGAGAGAGAGGACAACCUAUUUUCAGCCUUUUCAUAUUUUGACAAAGACGGUAGUGGCUACAUAACACAUGAUGAGCUCCAGAAAGCUUGUGAAGAAUUUGGCAUCCAGGAUGCACACAUAGAAGAGAUGAUUCAAGAAAUCGAUCAGGAUAAUGAUGGAAGGAUAGACUAUAAUGAGUUUGUCACAAUGAUGCAAAAAGGAAAUGCUGUUUUCGGCAAGAAGGGUCCCCGGAGCAAUUACAGCUUUGGACUUAGGGAGGCAUUGAGACUGGGCUAAUGCUAAUCAGACAGUUCACUGUAAUCUUGAUCUCAACGUAUGCAUUGACAAAGGGGGGGAACAACAUUAGUGAAGGUCCUUCAAAGGGGAUUCUCCUUCACCCGAGGCUCGACAAAACUUGGCAUGGCGGUCAGCAUGAGACAAAACCGGCAUGCAUGAACUGUCAACUGUUACAUUCUUUUUCAUCUACAAGAACCACAACAUUGUUAUAGCUUCAUUUGAAUGUUCCAUGACCUUUCAACUAGAAUUUUGUACAUGUGUUUAGAUAACCCGUGCCUUGGUGAGCUGGAGAAUUUUGUAUUAGGUUAGCUUAAUAUAGAAGUAUCCUUUGUGGAUGUGUUGAAAGCACUAGCUGUACAUGUUUCUAUCUCUUGGUAUUGCUAAACAGCGUUUUUUUUUUUUA